ACAAGCCAAACCGCAAUACCACCAGACGCCUGGCGCGCCCGUGCGUGCAGCCGCCGCGCGCGGCCACGGUCCGCUCAACCCGAUGCCGCGGCCGGCGCAGCCCGAGCCCGAGCCGCCGCAGCCCGGCGGCGAGACGCCGCCCAUCCACCGCCUCCUCGAGCUGAUCAAGUCCGAGCCCGACCCAGCCUCCGCGCUCGCCCACCUGGAGCUCCUCGUCUCCACCUGGCCGGCCUACACGCCGCCCCAGCCGCUCCUCUUCCACCUGCUGCGCCGCCUCGCCACCUCCGCCCCGGCCCGCCUCCCGCGCCUCCUCGGCCUCCUCCCGAGCCUCCGCCACCGCCCGCGCUUCUCCGAGCCCGCCGCGCUCGUCGUCCUCUCCGCCUUCUCCCGCGCGCUCAUGCCCGACGCCGCGCUCGCCGCCUUCCGCCGCCUCCCUGCCUUCCUCGGCUGCAACCCGGGCGUCCGCUCCCAUAACGCCCUCCUCGACGCUCUCGUGCGGGCCCGUCGCUUCUCCGACGCUGACGCCUUCUUCGCGUCCCUCUCCCAUGGCGCCUUCGGGCGCCGCAUUGCCCCCAACCUCCAGACUUACAACAUCAUCCUCCGCUCCCUCUGCGGACGUGGGGACCUAGACCGAGCUCUGAUGCUCUUUGACUCCGUUCGCCGCCGCGGAGUUGCUCCAGACCGCGUCACCUACUCCACUCUCAUGUCUGGGCUUGUCAAACACAGCCGCUUGGACAUGGCACUUUACCUGCUCGACGAAAUGCCGACCUAUGAAGUGCAGCCUGAUGCGGUUUGUUACAAUGCAGUGCUCCGAGGGUGUUUCAGGAAUGGUGAGUUUGAGAAAGCUAUGCGGGUGUGGGAGCAGCUGGUGAGAGAUCCUGGUUCAAGUCCCAACCCCUCCACUUACAAUGCGAUGCUUGAUGGCUUGUGUAAACUUGGGAGGUUUAAGGAGGCGGGUGAGGUAUGGGAGAGGAUGAUUGCAAAUAAUCACCAAGUCGGCAUGAUUACCUAUGGGAUUCUGAUUCACGGUUUGUGCCGGUCACGGGAUGUGGAUGGUGCAGCAAGGGUAUAUUCAGAGAUGAUCAAGACUGGGCUUGUUCCUGAUGUUGCCAUAUAUAAUUCACUCAUCAAGGGGUUCUGCCAAGCUGGGAGAGUAGGAGAGGCUUGGAAAUUCUGGGACUCUACCAGUGUUUCUGGCAUCCGUAAUGUGAUAACGUAUAAUAUAAUGCUGAAGGGGCUCUUUGAUGGUGGCAUGGUCGAUGAAGCUAGAGAAUUGUGGGAGCUAUUGGAGAAAGACACUUCGUCCUCUCCUGACAUGGUGAGUUUUGGCACUAUGAUCCAUGGGUUAUGUGAGAAAGGCUUUGCUAACAAGGCACUUCAAAUCUUAGUGGAAGCACAGACCAGUGGUAAAAAAUUAGAUGCAUUCUCAUAUUCAUCCAUGAUAAGUGGACUGUGCAAUGAUGGGAGACUAGACGAUGCAGUUAAGUUAUAUGAAAAGAUAUCUAUGGAUGGCUGCAAACUGAAUCCUCAUAUUUACAAUGCACUAAUAAAAGGGUUCUGCCAAGCAUCUAAGUUUAGUGAUGCUGUAAGAAUAUACGGCGAGAUGGCAAACAAUGGUUGUUCUCCUACUGUCAUCACUUACAACACUCUAAUAGAUGGACUAUGUAAGGCUGAAAAGUAUCAAGAUGCUUCAAGCUUUACAAAAGAAAUGUUGGAGAAAGGUUGUAAACUAGAUGUCAAUACUUAUGCUUCAUUGAUUUGUGGCCUUUGUAGAGACAAAAAGGUUGAUGCUGCCCUUGCUCUGUGGAAUCAAAUUCUUGAUAAGGGUCUUCAGGCAGAUGUCAUGAUGCACAACAUUUUAAUCCAUGGUCUUUGUUCUGCUGGGAAAGUAGAUGAAGCUUCACGUUUUCUCUCUGAGAUGAAAGAGAAGAAUAACUGCCGCCCAAAUCUAGUGACCUAUAACACACUCAUGGAUGGAUUUUAUGAAAUGGGUUGUUUUGACAAAGCAGCGUCUCUGUGGACAGCUAUUUUAGAAAAUGGUCUGGUACCUGAUAUAAUUUCAUAUAAUACAAGAAUUAAGGGUCUAUGCUCUUGUCACAGAACACCUGAGGGUGUCCAAUUAUUGGAUGAGGUGCUUGCACAAGGAAUUGUACCAACAGCCAUCACGUGGAAUAUACUGGUCAGAGCUGUCAUCAAAUAUGGACCUAUUCAAAUAUGAUCUUUUAGAAUUUCUCUUGCUUCAGUGGUCAUAUAUCCUGUUCAAAGAUGACCUUAACAAAUCAGGCUAAUGGAAAUUCGACUCAGAGCACCUGAACAAACCAGGAAUUGGCAGUGAACCAACCAUGAUCCAUCUGCAUGGCGUUCUAAACGCCGGCUUCACUUCCUGCGGAACUACAAGUUGAAUUGCAAUUUCUCCAUUAAAAGUAAUGGGGGCCUCCAUCAACUUGGUCAGCAUGCAAUAAUCAGAAGCACCCAUGUUUUCUUCCUUCUGCGGUGUAGCACAUGCAAUAGUGCCUAGUGUAUUUGAACUUGCCUUCAACUUUAGUCCUUUCUUCUUAUCACCUGCCAGUUUAUGAACAUGUGACAUGGUAGCAGAGGCAGAACUAGAGCUAGUGUCUAAUGACAGGACAUCAUCACUAGUAUUCACAUCAAGAAACAUGGUUGUUUUUUAGUGCAUCAGAUUGUAACCUGUUGGGCUUUCACCUUGUUUUGGCAUCUGAAAGUAGUAUUGCUGGAUUAAUUUUUUGCAAGAUUAAAGGCGGCCAGUGUUGAUCAGAUCUCAGAUUUAAGAAACCUGUUUUUUAUAGGCCAAGCUACACCUUCAAUAAUAUGGUCUAUUGUAAAGAUUAUAUCCAUUAAAAUUAAUCUUUUGGUGGUGAUGUACCCUAUCCAUAAAUGACCUGAGCAACCAGGCAAGUGAAAGUUAGAGCAAUCCCCUCCAUUUCGCCUUGGCGUUUUAAAGUCGGCACUCACAAUUGUAUCAUGGAGUGUUACCAUCGGCCUAGAGCUCUUUCAUUACUCUCUUUUCAGCCUCUGGUGGUGAUGUAUACCCUGUUCAUAAAUGACCUGAGGAACCAGGCGAGUGAAAAUUGGAGCAACAUUCCUCCAAUUCACCUCAGAUGUUGCAAAGACUGCACUCACAAUUGUAAUGGGGUGUUGCCAUCAGCCCUAGCUUCUGGUGCUGAUAUGUCCUUCUCGUGGAUGGCUUGAGCAACCAGGCGAUCAAAAAAUUAACCCAGAGCAGCAACCUUCUGUCACUCUACCCAGUUGUUUCAAAGGCAGCAUCUGGAAAUGUAAGACUUAAGGCAUUGGCAAUGGCACCAGCCCAAGCUGCUGGUGGGGAUAUAUCUUUCUCAUAGAUGACCUGAGCAACCAGGCCAAUGAAAAUUAAACCCAGAGCAGCAACCUUCCUCCAUUCCACCUCUGGCGUUGCAAAGACGGCAUUUGCGAUUGUAAGACUGAGUAUCGCCAUCAGUGCAAGCUGUCUCCUCGUAGGACUGCAUCUUGCUGUCAAGACGCUCCAUUAUCUACCACAUCAGAAAUGCAAUUCUCUGUCAGACACUAAAUGAAGAAGCAAUAUACUGUUUAAUCCGUCCAUGACAAGGGAUGCUCACCUGGUCCCCAAUUUGAUCGAGCUCUUUCAUGGCGUUCUGCCCAAUCAUAUCAAACUCGGUGUCGGCGUCCUUGGUGAACUUGGUCAGGUAAGCAGACCGCUCAUCCAGGAAGUUUGUGAUGCGGACCUUCUGCGUCUGAAGCAUGGCGAUUUUCGCAAGCACCUCCUGCUGGCGUUGGUCACCGCCGUGCGGCAGGGGAGCAUCGGAUCCAGCAUCUUCGGAGCUGCUCUUACAGAUGGAAAAUCUCCUGCUUAGUUGCAGGGCAUGUUGGCGCAGAGAGGAUCUGCGCGGCGAGGGAAGGGAUGUCUGAACGGUGUGAAGAGUAAGCAUCUCCUCUUGAUUCUCUGGGUCUUUGGUAUGCUGCUGCUUUUGGUCUGCAGAAUAACCGUGGCGGAGUUUGUUUCUGCACCUCUCGUUGCCUGGAGCUGGGAACGAUAUCCACGAAGCCAUGCUGCUGUGCUACAUGACAAGACCAAGUUGCCCCUUGCGUGCUGCGUGUUCACUCAGGUCCAUUUCAACCCAUGCCACUUUCCCGGGGAAUGGGACCCUGCCUCGUUUUGGUUCCUAUCCAUUGAGCCAAGUAGUGCUCUGUGUGUAGCCACCGUGAAAUUGAUGGAGCCCCACUAGCAGCCGUGCAAUCAUGAACUGGGCUGAAAUAUAGCUGCUAGCUGGGCCGCGCCUACUUGUUUUUUUGUACUACAACGAAGAGCUGGGCUAGCCUACAAUGAAUGGCCACCUACAACUUAUCAUUCGCCCUACGAAGCUACGGCCAUGUUCCACAGACACGAAUUAUUAGUUGAUGAAUCCAUGUGGCCUCUUGGAG